UGCUUCUAGUGCAAAGCACAGGCAGCAAUGAAACCCUGAGACUGAAGGCAUCAAAUGAGAAAUUGUCUACAGACAUCAAAGAAACUGAUUAAAAGCAACAGGCUAAAUCGUCUCGCUCUCCAACACACGAAAGAGUGCCUUUGAAUUGCUGUCUCCAGUAUAGAGCCCAACUUCACAGCGCUUGUUUCAGAGAAGGAGUGCCACGUAUCUACAAGUAACUGACAGCCACAUAGGUAACAGCCACGUAGCUGGAAUGGAUAAUAAGGAGAACGGUUCAGUGGACACCAAAAACCCUGUUGAGAACGGACAGCUCCCUGACCCAGUGCACUGGGCAGUGUCAGAUGUUGUUAAUUAUUUUAAAUCAGCAGGAUUCGAUGAGCAAGCCUGUGCAUUUCAGGAUCAGGAGAUAGAUGGCAAAUCUCUGCUGCUCAUGACAAGAAACGAUGUCUUGACUGGACUCUCAAUCAAGCUUGGGCCAGCACUGAAGAUGUACGAAUACCACGUGAAGCCACUACAAACACAGCACCUGAAGAAAAACGCCUGGUAGCGCUCUGGUAUGCAGUGCUGAUUACAGGCAGCUUUGUAUCCCAGGAUACCGUCACCAUGGGAAAGACAAUCGGUGGUGAAGACAACCAGGUAGACUUUUUGAAUUUGAACAUAAGCAUGAGUCUUGAACUGCAUCUUAUUUCAUUUUACUUGAAUUACAAGAAAAACAGAUGAUUUAUGUUCAUGGUAUUUUCAUCCUACAUUUUUAUUCAGGAUACUGGAAGGGAAUGAAAGUAAAUAGCCGCUGUAGGUUCUAUGUUGAUGUAUAUUAAAGAAUUGUGCAUUAAUGUUUUUAAUUUACAAAAAAAAAGUGGUUUUGAUGUCAGAUGGAGGGGGAAAAUAUGUGUGCAUUAUGGGAGGGUUUUUUUUUUUUUUUACCAAAGUAGGUCAAGAGGGUUUUUCAGCUGGCCACAAAAUGUUAUGUAAUGGAAGAGCCUGCAUAUUUUUUAAGUAAUUGGAUUGUUUAUAUAGUAUACAAGCAAUGUUCACAAUCUGUAUAUGUAUAUUGCAUCAGGCUGUACCUUCCAGGGGUUUGAAGCUUUUUGGGAUUUGUUAAUUCAAAUCAGACUUAUAUAAUAGGUAUUUUUUCAAAUUGUUUUAAAAAAAAGUUUAUAUGAAAUGAAAAAAAGUGCUGCCAACCUGCUUUAAUAACUGAUCGUUGGGAAUUUUCAUGUGUGUAAUUUGAUAUUUUUGUGUGUAAUAGAAAUUCAUUGUAAAAACAUUGUACAUAACCUAAUUUAAGGGAUAAAAAAUACAGGGAGUGGAUCUUCUUUCCACCUAUGUGGUUUAAUAUUCUGUAAUAUUGUGUUUAAUGAAAGUGGUCAUUUCUUUGCCUACCAGAAUACAUCAUUCAUUCAAAGUGGUGUAAGUUUUCAUAACCCGUUUUCCCUUAGACCUGAGGGGCCUUGCUUUAAUAGAGUUCUGCGGUUUGAGAUGUUUUAAUACUACAGGUAACUAAAUGGUGCUGAUUCUGACUACCAUCAGAUUUCUUACUACGUGCAAGCCUUAUCAAGGCUUGAAACCCUUUGCCUGUCAGUGUGCACUUUUGUCGUCAUAGGUGAUGUACUGUAACCCUGAAAGGCUUAUUUCAUAGCAAAUUAUAUUAAUAGUCAGUUGUUACCACACCAGAGGGUCUUUUCUGAAUGAGAUGUCUGUCAUAUUCAAGAAGCAGGGAAGGUGUACUGUGAAUUUAACUGUUGUUCCUCUUUUCUACCUUGUAAACCCAGUGUACUGUGGAAUAGCUGUUGAAAUACUGUGCUGUACCAAUUCAGCGUCACCUGCGCUCUUCAACUUUGGCGCCCUUACCAGGUGCUAGUCAGUGGCAAUGCAAUGGCUCUGUACGAAGGGGCAAUGGUAGCACAGUGCUUGAGCCAUUGAUAAAACAGUGCCACUGUGGUAACACUGUCAUAUUUGACAUACCAAUGUUAUGAACCAAUACAUAAUCCACUGCAGUACCAUGUAUGUACCAGUAUCCUGCGGUAUUGGGAUCACUGAACCAUUUAUUCCACAGUGCUGCCAUUGCUUGUAGUGGUCUGCAGGCCAGGGUUUCAUCAUUGUAAUACACUUGUGUUAUAUUGGAAGCUGAAUGGGAUUUAUUGGAAUUAUCAGCACAUCAUGUAUUGGGCCUGCUUUGCUGACAGUUGUAAAGCAUUACAAGCCUCACAAUAUAAGAUUGGCUGUAAUGGUCCUGGGAUUUGCAAUUAUUUUACAGAACCUUUUCUUCUGUAUAUAUAUAUAUAACUGCACAGAUGGCAGUAAGAUUGAUGUAAAGCUAUAUACUGUACAUGUGCACUGUAUUGCCUCUGCAGAUUACCUUUAGGAUGUGGUGCCUGCAGUCUGCCUGCCCAGCAUUCACUAUAGUCAGGUAUUCAUUAUUAUUCAAGACAAGAAGGGAUUUUGCAGUUCAUGGAAAACACAGGAGCGUUCCUUUGGGUUGAUAUGUUAAUUGCUCGAGCUAACACCUUCUAAAGCGAGAGCCCAAACCUUUGUAGUUCCUUUUGUAGUAGUACUGAGAUGCAGUACCUUCAAGAUUUCAUUUUGAUGUUUUUUUUUUUAAAGUAUUUAACAUUUAAUUUAUCUGAAUUGUUCUGAUAAUCAUCAACCAGAAAUAACAACAACAAAAAAAUAAUAAUAAAGUGCUCAGUCACUCUAACUAACAAGGGAAAAUAGCAGGGCUAAUUAAGAACCCCCUUGUUUUUUUUUUAAACUGGUGUAUGUAAAUAAAUCAGAAUGUUAAUGUGUUUACUAAGUGUGUAUUUUGUGAUGUUGAUGAGUUUUGACCCCAUGUGUAGUAUGCAAAUAAGUACAAGUUUUGUUACAUAGCCUCAAUUGUGUUAAUAUUACAUACGGUGAAGUGAUAUGCUUUACUGCAUUUUUUUUUUUUUUGUAUGAUAUAAAGUACAGAGUACAACCUUCAGAACUGCACAAUCUACUUGCCCUACACCCAGUGCUUACAAAACUGGUAAACUGGUUGAAGUAAAAUGCGGUUUAAACCACAGACUGGUGAGACUUUCAGUAUCACUAGCAGGAUAACUCCUUUAGUAGGUAUUGCCAACAGAUAGCAGAUAUAACAUGAAGCUGAUAGUUCAGAUAGCAGGCACCUGAUCAUUUUAAAAUCAAGUCUGCACAAGGUAGUUCUAAAGCAAAAGCAGGCCUGGGUGCAUGGUAAUAGAUUAGUCCAGCACUGAUCAAAUUGUAUAAGAGACUGUUCUUAAGAAAAAGAAAAAAAAAAAACCUGUUGGGGAACCAAAGACAAGCCAAUGAUAACCCUUUUUUCCGGAUUUAAUGUGGCUGCUUUAUUGAGCAUAUAAUAUACUAGCACAGUAAACUGCAAUCUGCAACCUGGUAGUUUGAUACAACAAUAAAAGUGUAUAGUUCUCUCCAAUAAGAUGGCUUUUUCAGUUGUAAAGUGCACUUUGCCCUAACUUUACUUUUCAGAAAAUGUCUUUGAAUCCUUCAGAGCCUGGACAGUGGCUUCCUCCUGACUGUGCCUGCAAUAUUACCUGAUGGGUUGUCCAGAGGUAAGAGAACCUGAAAUGAACAAAAUCCAGAGACACUUGUAGUGUUAAUUCUCCCUGCAAAGUCUUCCCUCAGUGAAUGUAAGAAAUACCAGUUCUACAUGGUAUUUUGAACUGAUGUAUUUCUUCCUUGCAUUGGUCAGUGUUUCAAGGGGACAGGUAAAUGGUUACACUCAAGUGUCCUAGAUGUGCACCAGUGUUAGACAUGAUUCUGAGCUCUAUUUAGGGUCACAUGAGUGUUUUAGACUUCUGAAUUUCAAAGCCACCAGUAUGUGAAGACUAAAACAGAAAUCCAAAUAAGAAGAAUAAAGGGGCUCUAAGUUUGCUCUCCAGGUAUCAGUGCUGCUGUCGCUCGUUCUGAUCGGUGGGAAUGUCAAUGGUUAAUACUGCUGCAUUAAGAUGAAAGCAUCCUGCUUUCCCAUUCAGUUGACUCAUUGUUGGAUUGGGGGCAUUUGAGUACAGUAAGUUCAGUACAUUCACUUCAAAUCGCAUGCACAAGAAUGGUUUCUAAACCAGCAAAUACACAGCGUUUUAAAACAGAUAACUCAGUCACACAUAUUUAGUUGCAGUAUUAUGACAUGAGCAAUACUCUGCUGUAAUAAGGUUACUUUUCACUACUGGGGUAAAAAAAACUUUUACUUUAAGUAGGGAGUAUUCCCAUCUUUAAUAAAAUAUGCUUCAUUUUUAAGUGCAGUCUGAUAUAUACAUGUCAAAUUACAGAUUUGAAUCACAUUUUUAAUUAUUUUAGAUUAAAUUAGACUAGAUAAUAAUUAUCAUUAUAAGAUCUGGGCACCCCUGGGGUAUAAUUCUACUAUAUGAAGUACAUUAUAUCACUUAACAGAUGACACGUGUUGUGUAGUACCCCUCUAUAUGGUUACUGAUUUAUAUUUGAACUUUGUCUCACC